AUGACUUCAAUUAUAAAUUAUCCAUUCCGGAUCUGUAGGUCCAUCUUGACUACUUCAUUGGCAACGGAAAGUAGGAUAAAUGGUAUAAUGGGCUACAACAUUAUUCAUCGUAAAAUGUCAGAUGCUGCUGCUGAUGAGUGUAAAGAACAAUUAAAAGAAAGUAAAGAUAAGAUUGAUAUUGAAGCACUUGUAAAACAAAAUGAAGAUUUACAUGAGGAAAAUAAAAGUUUGACCGAAAAGGUUAGGAGAUAUUUAGCCGAAACAGAAAACAUACGCAAACGUACUAUUAAAGAAACUGCUGAUGCUAAAAUUUAUGCAAUUCAAGGAUUUUGUAAAGAUUUGCUAGAUGUGGCUGACAGUUUAAGUAAAGCUACUGAAUGUGUACCGAAAGAAGCAGUAUGUGAUAGUAAUCCACAUUUGAAACAUUUAUAUGAAGGUUUGGUGACUACUGAAUCACAAUUACAAACAAUUUUCCAAAGACAUGGGUUAAUGUCUAUAAAUCCUUUAAAUGAAAAAUUUGAUCCCAAUUCUCAUAAAGCUUUAUUCGAACAGGUUGUUGAAGGCAAAGAAGGAGGUAUUGUGGUUGUUGUUUCCCAAAUUGGAUAUAAGUUACAUGAACGUAUCGUAAGAGCAGCUGCUGUUGGAAUUAGCAAGGAACCAAAUCAAUAA